CCUCGAUAUGUUGUAAAUGUCUGUGGCUUGCUUUCGAGUCAAAAUCUGACUUAUCACUUUAACAAGUAGUCUCCUGUGAUUAUAAAUACAUAGUGUGUCAUAUUUUCUUUGAUUUCAUCGCAUCGUUCGGCACGCUCUACCAGAGCCAUAGAAGCGAUUGUGAUAGAGAAACACCGUUGAAAGGCACCUUCCAUACAAUACAACCGUAUGAACACCCGAAAUUUCCUUUCCACACGUGCAGUCCAUACAGUAAACAAUUAACAAAGUCAGAAUGAGCAGUACACAGGAGUCUGUCGCCGCUGAACAACCAAAUUCGUCUGCCGUCACUCCCACCAGUGCAUCUCGUACCGUAUCCACAAUAGACAAUCCCGAGGAGGUAGCAACCGAUGUCCCCCACACAACUGACGAAAUCGCCACCGCCUAUCCCGCUUUGGCCGAUGUUGCGGAUGUACCAGUAGCAGCCCCUACCGAAACCGGUCAGAAUGGUUCUGUUCCUAGUAGUAGUUCACCCACUACCGCUGCAAUAGAAGGAGACAAGGAUGAGUCUGUACUCACAGAUACAGGGUCAGUCGACGAUAUCACAACCGAGGCGUCAAGUCCCCGGGGUAUGAACACGGGCGAUGCCAGCAUGAAACCCUCCGAGGGCAUCGGCAUGUCUGGGGACGAUAGUGAUCUUAUCAUAGCGGAGAUGAAGUCUGAAGAACCCGAAUCACCCACUAUGUCUAACCCUUCGCUUGUCGAGGUCAUGGCAACUGCUUCAACAGCAGGCACGGCUAGAGAUGCCACAGGCGUGGAUGAGAACGCGUCUGAUAUUGAUACUUCCUCGCAGAUCGGGCUGAUGCGCGAUGCUAUGCCGAGUGGUGGUAGUGAGACCGACGCAGCAACAGAUACGGUUGAAGGUACGGUUGAUACAGAGAACGCUGUUGAAUUGGCUACAGGCGGCGGUGCUAUACUUUUUAACGCUCAGCUACUCAAUGCCAACGAGGACAUGAAUGCUAAUGAACUCGGGUCCAAUAUGGCCAACAAGAGCCUCGCUAUGAAUCCCAGUACGACGGAGUCGGGUAUAUACCCUGUGAUAACCCCAGGAGCAGACAGUACUACAGCCUCGCAGUUGGGCUCGGACACGGUUGUGAUUGCAUCCACGACCUCCACUGUAGUGGCAUAUGGGGUUGUGUGUGCAAGGGGCAGCGACGCAUCAAACACAUCCGAUGUGGGCAGUACAGGCUCCGUGAUUGAUAAAGGUGCCACACUAGAUUUGGUGGACCGCUCGGGCUCAGGUAUCUCUCAACGAGCCAUGGCUCUGGCGGGCGGGAGGGCGGCCUCGGGUAUAGAGAAUGCCGACGACUUGGCCCGCAGUCAUGUGUCGUAUAGAGACCAAGUGCCUGUGGUGGUGCCUGGUGAUGAGGAUGCGGAAGCGUACAAGAAGAGCCUGCACCUGCUCAGUCAGGCGAGGAAGCGACAUACGCUGCAGUCAUUGCAUGCUGUCCAGCUGACGGGCGUUCUGCCUGUCACCAAGCAAUUGCAAAAGACGGUCGACCAGGCGCAGAAGAGCAGCCAGAAGAUACAGGCCCGUAUGGAGAAGCACGCGCUCGCAGAGGCCAAACAACGCGACGACGAAAUCACCGCACUCGAGAAACGGCUGAACAAGGCUCUGACGUACUUUAGCAAGCAGAUGUAUGCCGACGAGGCUGCCAAGGGAGUGGCGGGGGAAUCUCGUACACUGGAGGAGAUUGAGAUAGAGACACGGCGUAUCAAGUGGCCGCAGAUCAGCGAGUACGAUCGGUUGCUGAGCCACAGGCACCUGGAGGAUAUGAAGUUUCUGUACCGUGUGCGACUGCUGGACUACACAUCCGUCUACGAGCAAGUGCACGCGUCCGAAUGGCAUGAAGUGGACAAGAUCGAAGACCGGGAGUGGAAUGACCUGGACAAAGAGUGCAACCUGAACCUCAAGGCCCUCGAGAAGGACUUGAGUUGGGGUUUGAUGUCCAAGAUAACGGGCAAGAAGACAGUGGAUGGUGUGAAGCUGACACGCGCCGAAUUGGAGACGGCCGCGGAGGAGAAGAAGAACCAUUUGACCGCGCAACAGGAGGUACGGUGUGACGAGUUACGGGAGAUGCAGAAGAGCAGGUGUACAAAGCUGGCCGAGGGACAGGAGAAGACGGUGCAGGAUCUGGUGAUCACGCAGACGGAGGCGAUGAAGAGCUUGGCGGUGGACACUAUAGUGUAACGUUUCAGGGAUACGGACCGAGGUCACAGUAGUCGCAACAGGGGUCAAGGUGUGACGAUGCAAGGGCGAUACACAAGAGCACAAGUGCACAGCUGGCGGAGGGACAGAGGGGUUUGUGUGUGGGUUGGUUAACACGCUGACGAGAUGAUGAAGGCUUUGGCGGUGGACACUACAGUGUAUUGGUGUGGGGGUAAGGAUCAAGGUCAUGGUAAUCGCGCAGGGGCUACGGUGUGGCGAGUUACGGGACAUGCAGAAGGGCAGGCGGGCCUAGCUGGCGGAGGGUCAGGGGUUGGUUGUACAGGGUACAGGGUUUAAUGAUCAGGCAGUGAUGACCCUGACGGUGGACCCUAAGGUGCGAAGUUGUAGAGGUAAGGUUAUGGUAAUCGCAGCAGGAGUUACGGUGUGGUGAAUGGAUGGCGAUGGAGAAAGGCAAGCGUGUACAGCUGACGGAGGUUCAGGAGGACUGAUAAGAGUUGAUAAAAGCGCAGCUGGAAAUGAUGAAGAAUUUAACCGUGGACACUAUAGUUAAACUGCGGUUUGUCACUGACAAGAAGCCGAGCACUUCAUUGACAAGUAUCAACACACAACAACCACACACUUACACACACCACACAUGUAUUCUAUCCUUUUACCUGUGAACAUCAAUUCCGGCUCAGACUGUCAGCCUACGAGCUGUGGAUACAUGUAUGUGUGGCACGUCAGUAUCCGACAAAGCUACACGUGGACACUACAAUACAUCAGAUAUACACGAGCGACCACGAACUUCAUACAAAUUAUUGACGGGUUGUGGGAGCAUGUGCGAUGUACUGACGCUCCCACGUGGCUGGACAGAAGAGCGUUGCCGUAUACUGCACACCCCGCCUAUGCCUUUGGCACAGUGUCACUGGUGUUGAAGCAGCAUUGUGGGCCGAUUCGCGGCCGCUCCAAAAUGGAGAUCUGAUCGCCCGCCCGAAGUAUCGGUGGAGUGUAUGAGUAUACAUGCACAUGUGAGUAUAUAUGCACGUGUACCAAUCUGCCAACUUUGUCCGCACAGCUGCAAGCGUAUGAACCGCCAAGCGUGACCCCCCCCCCCCCCACCACACAGACCCCACCUGCCGUUAUCGUAUGAGAAGUGCUUUGCAAACAUCCGCGCACUCAUCUCAGCACAAAUCGUGUGAGAUUAGAUUCGUGCGUCCAGCGUUUAGCAUUGGGCAUCAGACGUAUGGAGGAUAUCGAGACAAUUUGAGACAUAAGCUGCAGCGGUGUGCGUGGGGCCGGGUUUGCUUGGUCUAUGGCCUACCUAUCUGGGCUUCAGCGCACCGAUCCUGGAUGGGUGCUGCUGGGUUGGGCGCGUGCACAAGUGUGUGAUAGUACCCGUGGUGCAAUCGUGCGUGUACGCUCACCCGUCGCCUGCCACUGUACGUCGAGUGCACAGAGACGUGCGCGUGGUACCUUUUUCUCCACUUAAACACCACACUUCUGUGGAUGUGAUCGUCUACAGCCUCGGGACGCCAGUGUUCUCGUGCAUCGCACAUGCCAAUCUCUAGCAAUAGACAAAUUUGCGUAUUUUUCCUCGAAAACUGUAUGUGGGCUGUGGUUCCGUUUCGAGAGCACUUGCAUUUGUUUUUCCUUAUGAAUUGAAACUCAUGAUUCGUCCGAAGACCUAAACCCCUUGAGGCACAAGUCCUUGUGAGUGUAUCACCGAACGCGUGCGCAGCCCCAGUAGCGACACACACCAAUAUGCAAGGAAAUAUGUAGUGGUCAACUGAUUCUUAGACAUGGAAAGGUGACAGUAUAAGCUGAGAUUCUACGCGAGAGUGGCGGGAGACCUCGCCGAGUGUGCGGCACACACCCACAUGUACGGAAGUAUGUAGUGGCGUACGGAUUGUUAGAAAUGAAAAGGUGACAAUAAAAACUCAGAUACUACACGA